CAGGGAUAUUACGGCGGCAGGGCGUUGUUCUCUCUCAGUUGAGGAUCCGUUAGCGGAGAGUUCGUGAGUACUUGCUGCGUUCGUUUGUGUGGUGUAGAUAACCAUGAGGGAAAUUGUGCACAUCCAGGCCGGUCAGUGCGGCAACCAGAUUGGAGCGAAGUUCUGGGAGAUCAUCUCAGAUGAGCAUGGCAUUGACCCCACUGGUGCAUAUCACGGUGACUCAGACCUGCAGCUGGAACGUAUAAAUGUGUAUUACAAUGAAGCAUCUGGUGGCAAAUAUGUUCCUCGUGCCAUCCUUGUUGACCUGGAGCCAGGCACAAUGGACUCAGUACGAUCUGGGCCGUUUGGCCAGCUUUUUAGGCCAGACAAUUUUGUGUUCGGACAAAGUGGAGCAGGUAACAACUGGGCAAAAGGGCACUAUACAGAGGGUGCUGAACUUGUGGACUCUGUGUUGGAUGUUGUCAGGAAGGAAGCAGAGAGCUGUGAUUGCCUACAGGGCUUCCAGCUGACCCAUUCAUUAGGUGGUGGCACAGGAUCUGGAAUGGGAACUCUGCUUAUUUCAAAAAUCCGUGAAGAAUACCCUGACAGGAUAAUGAACACAUACUCAGUCGUCCCGUCACCUAAGGUUUCAGACACAGUUGUUGAGCCAUAUAAUGCAACACUGUCAGUUCACCAGCUUGUAGAAAACACAGAUGAAACCUAUGUCAUUGACAAUGAGGCACUAUAUGACAUUUGCUUCCGCACCCUGAAACUUGCAACGCCAACGUAUGGAGACUUGAAUCACCUUGUAUCUCUCACAAUGUCUGGUGUAACAACUUGCCUGAGGUUCCCUGGUCAGCUGAAUUCCGACCUUCGUAAACUAGCUGUCAACUUGGUACCUUUCCCUCGCCUCCACUUCUUUAUGCCAGGCUUUGCUCCUCUCACUUCACGAGGAUCCCAACAAUACCGUGCCCUUACUGUACCUGAGCUUACCCAGCAAAUGUUUGAUGCCAAAAAUAUGAUGGCUGCGUGUGAUCCUCGUCAUGGUCGUUACCUCACUGUGGCUGCAAUGUUCCGUGGACGCAUGUCAAUGAAAGAAGUAGAUGAGCAGAUGCUGAACAUACAGAACAAGAAUAGCAGUUACUUUGUGGAAUGGAUCCCCAACAACGUGAAGACGGCCGUCUGUGACAUUCCACCUCGAGGACUCAAAAUGGCUGCCACAUUUGUUGGUAAUUCUACAGCAAUUCAGGAGCUGUUCAAGCGUAUAUCUGAGCAGUUCACUGCUAUGUUCCGCCGAAAGGCUUUCCUCCACUGGUACACUGGUGAGGGCAUGGAUGAAAUGGAGUUCACGGAGGCGGAAUCUAACAUGAAUGACCUGAUCUCUGAAUACCAACAGUACCAGGAGGCGACAGCUGAUGAGGAUGCCGAAUUUGAUGAGGAACAGGAAGGAGAAGUUGAAGAAAAUUGAACUGUGUAACAUUCCUGCCUUUGUGCAGCAGUUAGCUGUGUUUCAGCAAUGUGUUUUUGUGCAUUGUAUGGAACACUUAACAAAAUGGCUUACGGCUUAUGACUGAUUUGAGAACAAAUUUAAUGAACUUGUUUGUAAAUUAAUUUUUCAUUGUAAUAAAUCUUUUUUCUAUCUAA